UUUACUUUAUAGAUACAUAAACGAUGUCUAUGUCUUCUGAGAUGGCGGCAGCCAUAGAGGAGAAUGACCUCAGUUUCGGUGUGGGAGAUCUGGCUACAUCAUCGCUAGCAUACGUCAUCAGGGGCCAGAACAGAGCCCAAACUCCCCGUACUACUCUGGAAGAAAACAUCUCCAUAUCACAGCGAAUGAUCUCUGCUUGUCUGGGAUCACUUAUCACAUCGCUUGUAGUUACUCCUUUUGAUGUUAUCAGGAUCAGAAUCCAGCAACAGGAGAUUUUACCCAAAGAUCCUUGCUGUCAGACCCAUUUUCCCGAGAGCUUUCCUACUAAGAACACAUUAGCAGGACCUUUCUGGUUGACUAAGCAUUACUGCAAAUCGGCAGAAAACUGUAGCAGAAUCAAUUCCACUUUUCAGGGAUUUGUGGCGGUGAGCAGAAACGAAGGUAUAGCCACACUUUGGAGAGGACUUUCAUUAACUCUUUUCAUGGCUAUCCCAUCCAAUAUCAUCUACUUCACGGGCUAUGAAUACAUACGGGACCAUUCGCCCAUUGGCGGGCAUCCGUUGAAUCCCCUUUUCUGUGGUUCUUUUGCCAGAAUCAUGGCUGCGACGUUUGUGGCCCCAGCAGAGUUGAUAAAGACGAGACUUCAGUCGAUUCCCACUGACCGUGAGGCUUCCCCCAAGAUCUUGUCCAAUCUCUUGCGAGACCUGUUAUCUGUAGUAAGACAGAAGGGUGUUGGCACACUCUUCACAGGAUUGCAGAUAACCUUGUGGAGAGAUGUGCCCUUCUCGGGAAUAUACUGGUCCAGUUACGAAAUAAUGAAGUAUAGAAUAUCCAAGCUAAUGCAUGCCGAUUUCAACGGCCCCCAAGACAACGAUGAGUGGAAAGUGUUCACCACCAGUUUUCUUUCAGGUUCCAUUUCUGGUUCCAUUGCUGCGUUUUUUACCAAUCCAUUCGAUGUUGGCAAAACAAGAAUGCAAAUCACUCAAGUAGACGCCCCUUUUUCAGGAAGAAGAUCAAAAGAUCCAUCGAUGUUCAAGUUCUUGAUGAAUAUCUACAAAAAGGAAGGAAUGCGUGCACUUUAUGCUGGAUUUGUGCCCAGAGUGAUGAAAGUAGCUCCAUCGUGUGCCAUCAUGAUUUCUUCAUAUGAGGUAGGGAAGAAGUUCUUCAAAAAUGGCAAUAAUGACAACUAA